GCGCCGCGUCUCGUCGUAUUUCCCAGCGUGUACGAAGCGAAACCAAGUGCGAAAAUUAACCAAACAGACGCGAGAAAAACAUAUUUAAUGAAAAAUUUCAACAAAAUUUUCGUUGUGUAUAUUUUGGCGACGGCGACGACGACGACGACGAUAAUCACGUUGAUGAUAAUAACAAAAAUGUGGUACAACGUUUCCGUGCGUGUUGUGCGCUUUUCCACAUGCUGUGUCGUACUCAGCUGGAAAAGCGUCGCAUUCAUUUUUCUCGCUCGCCGCGUCUGGGCCAGUUCAACAACAACGCGGCGCGCACGAUGUCGAUGAUGCCUGCUGCGCUUGUUGGCAAUUUAAUUGGCGGCUGCAUCAUCAUCCCUCUGGAUGAAAUAAAAUUUAAUGCGUUCGUUGCAAACACGGGCCGAAAUGCGAACACAGCGCUCACUUUUGCGCCAAAAAAUACCGAAACGCGUCGGAGGGCACCGUAUGCAUUCCAGUGUUGCCAUGCAACGACCAGAGAUUAUCGAAAUUAUUGAUAUUU